ACCGCGCCUGUGCGCUCGCGUAGUACGCUCACGUUUCUCCUGCGCAACGAAAGAAUCAAAGAGAACCGGAAGAACGGAGGAAAAUCUUCAAGCAGCGCAAUUUUACUCGGGAUGUGGCCGCCACGCGAGUGCGCGGUGAAGAAACGAUAGUACUGACACGACGAGACAGCGAACGCGAUUUUCAUCGCCAAGUUCGAGUUCGCGGAGCGAGUUUGAAUAAACUAUCUCGUUUCAAUUAAGGGACAUAUCACCUCGGGAGAAAUGACGGUCCGUCUUCGGGAGGUGGUGAGGUCGGAUGUAGAAGGAGGUUUGUCGGGACCAGCCAAUCCGAUACCAAGCCAGUCGAUCGAUUGCGGCUGUGGACAGAUGCAAUGCCCGAAGCUCGCGAAAUUCGCGACGCGAAAACUCUUCGUGGGACUAAUAUGUUGGGUCGGCGUGGUGCAAGCCGCCUCCCAUGCCUAUUUUUACGUGACAGGCUCCACGAUCGCUCGGAAGUUUCUGAUUAAUCCGUAUUUAAUGAAUUGGAUCCUCGUUACGGCGGACUUAACACCAUUUAUCCUCGGAUUAAUCAUAGCGUACUGGGGCGACAGAAUACACAGAGCUUCAUGGAUAGGCGCCUUAACUCUCUUAGAAAGCGUCGCGUAUUUCGUUCUGAUAAUACCACACUUGACGCAUCGCGUUCACGUGACCGAUGAAACGCUAAAUGCCACUCACAUGUCGCUAUACGCAGACGACAGCCCAGAAUUAUGUAAUUCCGCAGCAUCAAAGAUUAUCAUGAAAGAAGACGAGACCUGUUACUUCACCAUGGUCACCCUUAUUAUAGUACUAAUUAUAAGCGGCGCGUCAAAUAUCGCUUACUACGCACUCGGGAUCUCCUAUUUGGACGACAACACAAAGAAAAAACACGUGACCGGUUUCAUCGGUGUAAUCAUCGCCGUGCGGAUUAUCGGUGUUCUUCUCGGAUAUCUUUUGGGCUGGGGAUGUCUUCGGAUAGAUGCGGAAAAUCUCAGUGUCGUGAAAUCAUAUCGGGAUCAUAUCGGCGCGUGGUGGCUUGGAUUUCCAAUUCUCUCUGUAUUAUUGAUAGUGCCUGGCUUGUUGCUCUCGUGGUUCCCCAGAAGACUCCCUUCAGAGGUUGUCGAGCAGGCUGCAGCCUCGCUUCUCGAUCGGGCUGCGGUGUACAAUCGAGCACCUCAUCGAACGACCUAUCAGAAGGCCGGUAGCCCGAAUUUUGGGCCGUCACUCGUAAGGUUGAUUACUAAUAAGAUUUUGAUGUUCAACGUGCUGGCGACGGUAUUCUGCGCCACGGCGCUUCUGAAUUUCAUGACACACGAGGACAUCUUCUUAGAGUCUAGAUUUCAUAUAGCCAGGCCGACAGGAAUGUUUCUUGGAUUUAAUGAUCCUCUACAAUCCAGGCUAAUUACCAGUAAGAACAAUCCAUAUACCACUGACGAAACACGUAUAAGUAAAAGAGAGGGAAUCGACGAUAAUCUAUGUUGGGAUAUCACAAAACCUAUUCUGAUUGGCCUGAUCGUAAUCAUCAGUGGCUUAGUGCUGGCAAAGGCGAAGCCGCGCGCGAGAUUUAUCGUUGGUUAUAGUUUCUUCGCCCUUCUUUUCUCUACAAUGAUCAUAAUCUUGCUGAUCUUCGUCACUUGCGAAAAGCCGCCUAUCGUCGGUAUGGACCAGGGCUCGAUCGGACUAUUGAAAUAUUGCAACAAGAAUUGUCGCUGCUCAAAAGAUGCUGAAUUUCGGCCGGUUUGUGAAAGCUUGGGAACGUACACGUAUUACAAUCCUUGCUACGCCGGCUGCACCACAGUCAUUUACGUCAACAACGAAAAGAUCUAUAGUGGUUGUGGCUGCGUAGAAUAUAUGACAGGGUGGGGUAAUGACCAAGCGAAAGAAGGCCCGUGCGAUUCGAAGUGCCAAGCCGGUUGGAUGCUUUUUCAGUUCGGAACUUCCGUGUCGUACGCAUUAAUCGCUUCUACUUUCGUGGGCGAACUGUUGAUCAACAUAAGGUCUGUUUAUAAACAAGACAAGGCAAUCUGCAUAGGUUUUUGGAUGACAUGCAUCGCGAUUUUCGUCAACGGUCCCGGCAAGAUUUUUUACGAGAUUGUAUCGUAUCAGGCGUGUCAACUUUGGGGCAGACAAAGGAUAAUUUGCCAUUUGCACGACGGUGAAAAGCUUGGAAGCUACCUGUGCUACUUGACAAUAUUCUUUCUGUCAUUAAGUCUUGUUUUCAAAAUCAUUGUUUGGUGUUUCUCUAAGAAUUUACGGCUCUACGGAGAUGUCGAAAGAGAAGUCAAGAAAAGCGGCGAGAUACAAGAGCUGGUGGAACAAGCAAAAAUACUUGAAGAAACGGAGACACCGAUUAAUAAUAAUAAUACAACGGCACAAGUAGAGACAAUUGAUAUUGAACCGGAAUCGAUAUCGUCACAGGAGACAACGAUGCCGGAGGAAAAUUUGUCGAAAAAAGGAGAAGAAAAUACUCAGAAGAAUACACCUUUGAAGUACGGCCCGUUGGGUUCGGGUGAUCGCCGAGUAACGUCGGUUGUGGAUCAUUCAGCGAAAAGCAAUUCGCAAGCGACGAUCCAAAACCUCGACUCCGAGGACGAGCUUUACAGUUCGAGCGACGAGAGCAAAAAGCGAUCGAGUCCACAAGUAGCUUACACACCGUUGGAACUCGACUCCGACAUCGAGAGCGACCUUAGCAGCACGGAACCCAGAUCGAGGAAGCGUGUCUCGAGCAAAGAUUACGAUCAUACUUACAACCACGAGGACGACAGCUCCUCGUCCAAGAACUCGUCCAUAAUACGCCGAUUUCCCAAUCCCGAUCACUAUGAAGAUCCGCGAAGGGCGAGAUACAGGAAGCAGAAUGGCUACCAGGACGGCUCGCGGAAGACCACCAGCUUCGAGUUUCAGAGAAAGGGUCAGGAGAGCGACGUGUUCAAACAAGGAGACUUCAACGAGGUCGGCAUACCGAUAGUAGACCCGCUUCCGGACGGGAAGGGCGACUCCGCCGACACUAACACGGCGCACUCGACGGACGUGAAGUCGCUGAUCGAUCAAUACGAGCAGAACGCGAGUCAGGAGACUAUAGACGAAGAUCAGUUAUCGGUCAGGUCGGCGGAGGAUACGAAGACUCGAACGGAGAACAAGAUCGUGUCUGGCAUUCCUCUGGUGGCCAUGGUGCCCAGCAAACAGUCGUCUCGACGGCAAUCCCCUGCGGGUUCCGGCAGCUCGCCGGAUGUGCAGGACAAGAACACCGAGCAACGUUCCGGAAAACACACGCCCAGCCCGAAAGGUCCCGCUAAGGGAGGUAAACCCACAUAUUGCACCGAUCUCUGAAAUCACGAUCGCAUACACGACGCGAUAGACUAUGCAUGACAAGUAACUAUUCGCGUUUACGCGAAUAUUUAUGGGGUGGGAGAGGGGAAUGAUUCCAUUAGUGUGGAGCAUCAAGCGCUGAAGUGAUAAAUUUACAGCCGUGAGAGAUAAGAGAUUUCGACGAUUCGAAUAGUCACAUAACACGGCAUCAUCUGCACCAACUGUCGCGUUUGAUAUAUACGAUGCACGCGCUGAAUGCGCCUGUUGGAGUUAUUUUCAGUGGCCAUGAAUACUUCCAAAGUGACGCUUUCAAACACAUUGGUUAUAUUUUCGUUUUUACCUUGUCUCCACGGCCGAUUCAGAAACGAAUAAAUAAACACUUUGUUUGCUAAAAGGGGGAAGGAGACAACUUCACGUGCAUACUCUAUAUUCGUUAAUAAUUCUCUCUAAAAAAUAUUAUCUUAUCUUCUCAGCGGAAUCUUCUUGUGUAUCGGUCUCAAAAGGAAAUUCUUGCAAAACCAAAAAGAAAAUAUUCUAAUAUCUCAAAAAAAGGAUUCUAGUUACAAAGUGCUAUUUUGUAAUAAUCCCAUCUUCUGAGCGAGAGCUUUUAUUGAAAGAGUAUUUUUCUUUUAAUGAAGUGAACUGUCAGUUGGAAAUCUAUUAGAUAUUAUUCCAACUUUCUUUUUUGGAUAAAAAAAAAUAUGUUUACUUGAAGCAAAGUGUGUUUUGCGCGAUAAGAGACACGACAAGGAAGACUUGUCUUAUGGACAAGUAUUGUAGAUUUCGUCUUUUAAGACGAAAUUCCUCUAACUUUAAAGAAACUGUGCUGAGAAUAUUUUCCUUUUGGUUUUAGAAAAAUGUCCUCUUAAGGCUAUUUAUGUUCAGAAGGUCCUCUUAAGAAUGAGAUUAUAUUCUUUUGGAUGUUAAUAUGUAGAUUAUAUGUACGCUAAAAGAAAUUAUCCGAUAAGAUCUAACAAACGGAUAUUUCCGAUCGAAAUAUCGAUGGAUUUUUGUAUCCAAUGAGAAAUAUCGGUUCAUAAUUUCUUGAUCAGUUUAUCUUUGAUCAGUUUAUAAAAUUAUAAUGGAAAGUAUCCAAUUAAAUUUAAUCGGAUAUCCUGAUCGGAUAUAUAAAAAUCGAUCGAAAUAUCCGUUUAUUAAUUUUUUAUCGGAUAAUUUCUCUCAGUGUAGAUUUUGCUCGACCACAUAUAUGCGGCGUUUGCGAAGGAGAGACUAAUUUUGGAAUAUAUAUAUGAUUUUCUCAGCAAA